AUGGCCACGUUGACCUCCUCCUACUCUACAUGGAUGCUGUCUCUGCUGAUGCUGCUGCCCCUUUUCGUAACUGUUUAUCACUCAUCCCCUAUUCCCAAAGAUGAACUGCAUGAGUUCAGCACCAAUGUGAACAAGCUGGGAGAAAGUGUGACGGUAAAGGAAAGCCAGCUGGUGAAGCUGGUGUUCGCAGAGCAGCUCAGUAAACUGCAGACCAAACAACAUCAGGACACUGAGCUUCUGGAGGACAUCAGGUCCUUCAGUAAGCAACGAGCAGCUAUAGAGAAAGAGUAUGGUCAGGUCAAAAGAAGUGUGUUUGCUGUGUGGCGGUCAGUGGUAGAUGGUACAGCUCAGACUGCAGCAUCACGGCUUGCUGCUGCAGAGGAAUACCGCAAGCUGAUUGGACAAGCCUCCAGAGGUUUCCGCAAUGCAAAGGACAUCCGAACUAAGAGAGGCUUGGAGCGGCUCCAGAGUGUGCAGGGUGAAAUGGUGGAUGCUCUGCGGGAGUUGCACAGGAUCAAAAAGCGCUACCACCAACUCAGCCACAUUGCUGGCGUUGUCAGAGAGAAAGCUGCUGAUGCACAAACCAGAGCCAGAAAGAGUGAACAUGGGAUUUUCCAUUUUAAAACAGGACUACAUAAGAUGACAGCUAAGCUCAGUGCCAGGUUGAAAGAGAGUGAUGACCGUUUGACUGAAGUUCGUAAUGAGUAUCUGUUGGCGUUAGCAGCAGUGAAUGCCCAUCAACAGCACUACUAUACUAACGACUUACCACACAUUAUGGAGCAAAUGGGCGGUGACAUUUAUGAUGAUUUAAGAAGCCACUUUACCCUGCUGUGCGGGACAGAGAUGGACACCUGUCUGUCCACACACAAACGGUACAGCAGGAUUUGGGACAGUGUUGUUAAGGUGACCAGAAAGAGAAAUGUUCAGCACUUUUUACAAGAAUCUGUUUCCUUAAGCAAAACGCCUGAAUUCACCUUCCAACCUGCUACACGUGACAAGGUGUCUUCUCUGCAGAAGGUCGGUGCUUCAGAAGCAGAGGGUUGUCUGGUGAAGGAGGCCAAGAAGUGGGUUACAAAAGCUUCCAAAGACUAUAAGAUCAUCACUCACGGGGAGAGGGCUCUGCAGAUGUUAGAGAGUCGGCUGAAGCUCUUGUCAGGGGAGACAGAGCUCAGUGUGGAGCAGAAGAUAGCAGAGGUGCAGGAAAGCAUCAGGAAAGCCAAGCUCAGCAGAGUGAAGGCAGAGGCUCGUCUGGCCCUCUUGUCAGACAGCAUCACAGGAAUCGAACUGUGGCUUCACAACGCCAUGAAUCAGGCUGAGGAGGAGCUGGAGAGAGAGAGACGGCUCAGUGAACAGAGGAAGUCGAUGGAGGACUUCAUAGAUGACGAGUUUGAGCUGACUGACUUUGAGGACUACGGCGAUGAGGACGAAGACAUCUUUGCGGAUCCAGUAUUGGCAUCUGGAGUGUAUGUUUACCCUGCAGCCUGCAAAGUUGUCUACAGCUAUCAGGCCAGCCAGUCAGAUGAGCUGUCGAUCAUGGAGGGAGAGGAGCUUCAAGUGAUUGAUGAUGGAGACAUGGAGGACUGGCUGAAGGUGUGUAACUCAUGUGGUCAGGUGGGCUAUGUUCCUGAGCGUUAUGUGCAGAUCGUUUGUCUACCAGGAGAGGACGCUGCUCAGCUGGACAGUUCCUUCAGCUCCACCUCAUCCACUGGGAAUAAAGAGAAGGCAGGGAGCAGAGGAGUAGCUAGAGCAUUGUACUGCUACGACGCCCAGAGUGCAGAGGAGCUUUCCUUCCAGGAGGGGGCACUAAUCCACCUGAUACGCUGUCGACAUGGAGAGGUGGAUGAUGGUUUUUGGGAGGGAGAGCUGAAUGGACGGAUCGGUCUCUUCCCCUCCUUGGUAGUAGAGCUUGUACAUGAUGAAGGGGAGGAAGAGGAGAAACUGCAGGAGGAGGAGGAGCCUCUCCCCACUCCAACCAUGCCUCCCAUCUCUCCCCCAGUCCCAAUUCCCUCAACCUCUGGCUGUAGUUCAGUGCUCAGCGCUACUCCCCCUACCUGUGUGGAGGACAAACAGCAGGUCAUUCCUCCAAGGCUCCCAGACAACACAGCAGGCACUGGAAGCAAAAACCACAACUCUCCAGAUCUCUCCAGAAGUCGGCUAAGACCGUGUCGAGCACCUCCUCCUCCUCCAACACAGAAGCCUUCAUCUCAGCCUUGAGGCAAAGACCAGAGUCACUGUCAAGGCUCAGAAAAGACAUGUCUUGUUUUGACCAAAGAAACACAGUUUUGUAUUUUUCAGGUGUUCUCAUUGGUCACUGUAGUCAUCAUGGGAUGAGAACACAGCAUACACCAAAGUUUAUUCAUGCACCCUUUAUGUGUUACUUCAAAAUGAACUGGCACAGCAUGUACAGUAACACAUACAUGCACCAACAAGCACUGUAAUGACAUUAGACUUAACAUUUAAGUAAAGUUAUAAUUAAUUAAUGAAACAUCUGGGGAAAAAGAAAGGCAUAUUAACAAGUAAGACAUACAGAAAGUGAAAAAUUGCUAUUGUAUACCUCUAGGUUUUUGGCUACUAAGGUAUUACUUUAAAAUCAGCAUAUGACCCAUUCAAGCAAAGACACACAGCAGGUUGACUAGCCAGCAACACAGUUGACUGUAGAUCCUACCAGCCAAGUGUAUAAGACAUCAUCAAGUAGUGCAGCUCCAACUAAGUAAAUUGAAACUGUAUUUUUGUUAUUUGCUAUAGCUCUAGGCUUUCUAAGAAGUGAUAGAACACUAUUGCAUAUGGAAAAUGAAAGAAAGUAUAGAAAACACCAUUUUACAGGAGGAUAGACUAACCUUUUUACAGACGGUGUCAUAAAUAACUAGAGGAUUAUCUACUGGAAUCAAUUUUACACAAUGGCUUUUCCCAAAAAAAGUUAUGUAUAGCCAUCCACCAAGAGCUGAGC